ACGAUAAAUGCAGUGGCCAGCGGCGAUUUACGAGAUCCAAUCUGAUUUGAGAGCAAGAAUAUAUAUCGAAUGAGGAAACGUGGAACAUUGAACCGGAUAGAUAAAAAUGUCAUCACUGGCGGAGUUUCCUGUGUGGGUAUAGUAUCGGGAAUAGGCUUCGCAAAGGAUGAUUGAUCAGCCGUAGUUCCGCGAAUUUUUGCGUCAACGUGUCCGCUCGGUCUGCGAGAAAUGUCGAGGAGUGGAAUACGCUUAUGAGAGAGGAUCCGUCGAUCGAGAAGGGACAACGCAACAGGAAAUAUAGUGCGAUAGUACGAGGAUCCUAACCUUGUUAAAAAUGAAGUCUGGCACUAUGAACUCUGACAAACACAGAGGUUCCACGCUUUUAAAGGUGGAGGAAAACGAGCAGGUCUUCCAGUUAAUAGGGAAUCGAUGCCAGUGUUUAGCAGCUGGAGUUAUUCAAUUAUAUUUGACUGAACCACCUUUACACAAGGAAUGGAUAAAGAAAACUACAGGUAUUAUAACAUUGAUAAGGGAUAACCCUAGACGUAGCUUUUUCCUUCGCUUAUAUUGCUUACAAAGGAAAGCAAUGUUGUGGGAACAUGAAGUAUAUAAUGCAAUGGAUUAUAAAGCACCAUUGUCUUACUUCCAUACAUUUGAAGCAGAAGACUGUAUGGCUGCUUUUAAUUUUGCGAGUGAAACAGAUGCCGUAACGUUAAGAAAUAUUCUUCUUGGUAAGCUGAAUGCUAAACGUCAAAGAAGACAACAAAGACGGUCUAAGAUAGAAGGAGAAACUCAGCAUGGUGCAACAUUGCCAUGGAGAAAUCAGAGCAAUACAUCACCCGUUGCAUUUAGUACAGGAUCAACUUCCAAUUUAUUGAAUGGAACGCCAACUACAGUUGGUGUGAAUAGGAGUGCUUCUAGUAGUUCUAUGUACACAAGUAAAAAGAAGAAACGAGAGAAAACUAAGAAAAGAUUAACUAAAGAUGAUAUUGGCCCUCCAUCAAAUUUUAUACACGUUACGCAUUGGGCAUGGAAUAACAGUAGCAAAGAAUUGGAAUUAGAAAAAGUUGAUCCACAUUUAAAACUUUUUCUCGAUAAAGUUGGUGUAUCGGAACAUCAAUUUAGAAAUCAAGACACACGUAAUUUUAUUUACGAUUUUAUUGAAAAAAAUGGUGGUAUGAAUGCCAUUAGAGAAGACAUAUCUUCGUCUAUCCCAAAAUCUAAUGUACAACAACUACAACAACUACAACAGCAGCAGCAGCAGCAGCAACAACAGCAACAACAGCAACAACAACAACUACUACUACUACAACAACAACAGCAGCAACAAGCACCGAUAGCGCCUCAAAGACAGGAAUAUCCACCUCCAGUUCCAGCAAGAACAAUAGCUCAUCAAACACGAAGUGCUCCACCACUACCUCCGAACCGAAUUAAUGCACCUUCAACACCACCAAGUGCACCAGCUAAUGCACCACCCAUUCAUAGGACAUUGCCAUCUCGACCGCCACCACCUUCUUUAACUUCUGCGCCAUCACUGCCACCGCCUCCACCUCCACCUCCUCCUCCACCACCACCUCCACCAGUUCCAACUCCAGUUCCACAUACCAGAAGUAGUUUAACCGCACCUGUUCCACCUCCUCCACCAUUACCAAGCAUUGAUGAUGAAACUGUCAAUACAAGUGCCACCAAUAAUAAUAAUACUAGUAAUGACAAUAAUAACGAAGAUAUCGCUGAUCUGAGAUCGACACUCAUGGAAUCUAUAAGAAAUGGCACUACACUUCGAAAAAUUGAUAAAUCUGAAAUAAAACAAAAUCCUCCUCCUGGGGAUUCAAGGAAUGCUUUGUUAGAACAAAUUCGUCAAGGAAUUGAGUUGAGGCCCGUUUCAAAUGAAGUUAAAAGUAAACCAGCAUUUCAAGGAGGAUUGGCUAAUGCUUUGUCAAGAGCACUCGCUGAACGAUCAAGUGCAAUCCAUAGUGAAAGUGAGGAUUCAACUAGUGAAACUAGUGAUGAUGAUGAAUGGGAUGAUUAAUUCAGAUGAAUUAUAUAACUUGAGGAAUAAAACAAUAUAUCACUGUGAUAAAUCUGCUAUCAAUAAACAUGUAAACAGAUUAGCUACUGUAAAUGUAUAAUAUAACAAUCUUGAAUUUGAUAUCCAAAGAAGAAUGAAAAUCACAUGUAAAUGUUCCGAAAAUGGAAAUCGUGUAAAUGUGUUAUCAGAAAGUAAGGCACAAUUACAUGGAUAGGGCAGGUAAGGGCAGAGUGAAGGUCCUAUUUAUAAUUUCACAUAAAUUGUAACAUACAAUUAUCUGGUCUGAAAAAGAAAAAAAAAGUAUAAAUAUUAUAUAGCACAACAGGUAUAAAAUGUCGAUUUUUUGCUAACUAAUAUUUGUGUAAUUGAAAAUUAAUAUUUGUCAAAUAUAAUGAAUACCAUGGAAACAAUUAUACAUAUUACCUAUUCAUGCUGUUUCAAUAAAUAUCAUAAGAAAUAUAAUGAUGAAUAUAAUUACGUAAGAAUUAGCGUAAUUAUCUAUACAGUUAAUAAUAUCACAAAUUCUAUGUAAGUUCAUAUUACUUUAAAAGUUAGCACACUUCUUGCAUGAUGAUUGUAAAAUUUGCCCUAGUUUAUUCUGCCCAAUUCGUGUGACUCAAAAUAUAUAAUUUUAAGUUAGCAACAGAUAGUCCAAGAUGCACAUGUACAUUGGCAUAACAUUGUAAACGUAAAAUAGAUUUUCAAAUUAAUUGGAGUAAGUUUAUCAAUUUAAGUAGACCAAAAAGAAAAAAAAAAAUAAAAGUAUUAAAAAUGUUACAAUUUUUCCAGCUUAAUACUCUAUGAGAUUGCAUAAUUUCGAUACUGAACUGUAUACAAAAGAUACAUUGAAAUUGUAUUAAUUUACAGAAACUUGACCUAACAUCUCAAAGAAAAAGAGAACGUAUAAUUAAUGUAUCUAUGUGUAUUACUGUACAGAUCGAUUUUUAAGAAUUAUCUAUCAUAAAAUUAAUCAUAAAAGAUGUUAAGGUCGGCCUAUAUGUUUCAAAAAAAUCAGGAAUCGACUCUUGUAAAAAUAUAUAAGUUACAUUUAAAUCUAUUAGUAUACUGAAUAUUUGUUAAAGAAAGGAUCUUCUUUCUCAUUUACUGUUUCGUUUACAGACUUGGAAACUCGUUUGAGAUAUAUUUAAAUAACGGCCUUGUAUCUAGUCGGUUACGAAACUAAAACAGGUGCCCUGAACUGAUGUAAAUUAUAAUAUCUUAAAAUAGUUUCUGAAGUCUUUAAGUAACUCGGUAAAUUACGAGUUGAUAAUUUUUAAUAUUUUAUUAUAUUAACUUCUUAUUUCCUUUUUUUUUUUUUUAAUUCUUUAACUUAUUAUAUUAGUUUUAAUAUUUGUCGUCCUUCUAAGAGAGAGAGAGAGUCAUAAGAGUGGUGUUUUAUAGAAUAGCAAAUUAAAUGAACUUCCAUGAUGAAGCACGGUCAUUCUUGCAUCGCUGGACAAUAUAAUUAAUUAAUAUAAUAUAAUUAAUUCGUUCAAUUAAAAAACGCAGCGCAUCAAACGACUCUUAGAUGUAUCCUACUAAAGUAUGUAAACGUAAGGUUACAAUUAACGUAAGGUUACAAUUACGAUGUAGUAAGAAUUGUAUAUUUUCACGUGUGUGAUAUAGGUGUCAAGCCUGUGGGAAUGAGGCGAAAACCUAGAGAAAUUGUCUAUGGAAAUGUAUGAAGCACAAGAUAAAAGUUUUACGCCACUAUGGAGAAAUCCUAGUCACACAGAAAUGAGAAAAAAAAGAGAAUAUGUUAAUUAUUAGUUAUUGUAUUUUAUUAUAUUCUAUGCAAUAUUAUUGUAUACGUAAAUGCGUUUCGACGCCCCGAACUUUUUCUUCGGAUUGACUAAAAAGAUCAUAGUUGCAGGAUUUUUGCUUGAAGUAUAAAAAUACUGAGACAAGAGCAUAAUCAAGAGGAAGAAAGCUAUACUAUGUUUGUUAACUAGAAUAAAGAGAAAGUAGCGAAUAAUGUUAACGAAAGACUUGUUACAAUGAAAUUUUACUUUGAACGCAUUAUAUAGAAAUAUUGUUGCAUUUAAAAAGAGAAGAGAAGAGAGAAAGAGCUAUUAAUGGACAUGUAAUUUUUGUCCAAUUUUAAGAAGUAAAUUGUUCUUCUAUUGAAUGUACAUAUAGCAUAGUACAUGUUACAAAUCGUUUUCGGUUUGUAUUAUGACUACCAAAUAUCAAAAACUAUAAAAAAAAAAAAACAUACAUAUACAACAAA